AUGGAGUCCUCCUCAUCCCCUGCCCACAGAGGAUGCAUCUUCCCGCAGGGGCUCCUGCUGACUGCCUCACUCCUAAUCUUCUGGAGCUUGCCCACCACUGCCCAGCUCACUAUUGAAUCAGUGCCCCCCAAUGCUGCCGAAGGGAAGGAUGUGCUUCUUCGUGUCCACAAUCUGCCUGGAGAUGUAUUGGUCUUUUUCUGGUACAAAGGGGAAAGGGUGAACAGCAACCUUCAAAUUGUAUCAUAUAUAGCACACACUCAAGCAAUUAACCGCGGGCCUGCAAGCAGCAAUCGAGAGACAAUAUACCCCAAUGGAUCCCUGCUUUUCCAGAAAGUCACCCUGCAGGACACAGGAUACUACACCCUAGAAGCCAUAGACAAAAAUUUUCAGAACAAACAAGUAACUGGAUAUCUCCGUGUAUACCAGUCAGUGAGGAAGCCCGCCCUCCGAGCCAGCAAUGCCACAGUCACAGAGCAUAAGGACACCGUGGUCCUGACCUGCCUCACAAAUGGCAUUGGGAUCUCCAUCCGGUGGCUCUUCAAGAACCAGAUUCUAUCUCACAAGGACAGGAUGAAGCUGUCCCAGGACAACAGCGUCCUCACCAUUGAUCCCGUCAGGAGGGAGGAUGCUGGGGGUUAUCAGUGUGAGGUCUUCAACCCUGUCAGUUCCAUCAAAAGUGACCCUCUCGAGCUGGACGUACAAUAUGAUCCAACACUAUCAAGUCCUGGCUUCUCAGAUGGAGCUAUUGCUGGCGUCGUGAUUGGCAUCCUGGCUGGUAUAGCUCUGAUAGCAGCACUGGUGUGCUUCCUGUAUAUCAGAAAGACUAGAGGGUGA